AUGUUGAAAUCGAUCGUUGGCAUAGGAAACAUGAGGAGACUGAGCUUUCUUGUAUUCAUUCUUUGCAUUUUGAUCUCUUUCAAGAACCAAAAUGCAGAGAUUAAGAAGAACACAUCUUCAUCGUCAAAAACUGCGGUGAAAUGGCCAUAUUCAUCUUGGGAUUCCUUUCCUUCCAUAUUCUUGUCUCCUUUGUCAUCUAUGGAUGGAGAGGAUGAAGAAGUAUUAUGGCAUUCAAAUCGGUCUCUGGAGUAUGAUUUCUAUCGUGAUUCGUGCCCACAGGCAGAGAGAAUCAUUCGCAGGGUGGUUCAGGAGCUUCAAAAAGUCAACUCCAGGGUAGCUCCUGCUCUUCUAAGGCUUAUCUUUCAUGAUUGUUUUAUUGAGGGGUGUGAUGCAUCUAUUUUGUUGGAUGCUGCUAUAGGCAUUGAUUCUGAGAAAGAUUCACCUCCCAAUAAAAAUUUGAAGGGAUUUGACAUAAUUGACAAAAUCAAAUCAGAGAUUGAAAAGGUGUGCCCAGGAGUUGUUUCUUGUGCUGAUAUAAUUGCUCUAGCAGCCAGAGAAGGUGUUGUUCAGGCUGGUGGUCCAUUCUAUCCACUGUUUACUGGCAGGAGGGAUGGUAUUCAUUCUUUCCGAGAUGUGGCAACAUAUGAGCUUCCUUCACCCAAUGCUGAUCUAUCCGAAACCCUUGCAUCUUUCGCAUCAAGGGGUUUCGAUGAAAGAGAAACUGUGGUCACAGCAUAG